UACAAAGAACAUUGUACUUAACGCUCAGACUCUUCGAUUCUUAAGCCAUAGAUGGACUUAAGGUCGGGUAAUCAGCUUGAGACGAUAAAUUGGCCUGAAGGUUGUCUAACAGUUUCCAGUUGAAUGAAGCUCUUUAAGUAGCACAUGAGACCAUAGCGGAAGCUUAGUGGAUUCUGAGUCCUUUCUAAUUUCGCUGCUUCUGUUAAGUGGACACUUAUAUUUGGUGUUUGGCAAAGAGAUAAGAACAACUGAAUAUGACAGCCACCACACCACUGGGAAUAACUCUUAGCAUCACCAACUCUAUCUUGGCUGUUUUUGGAUCAGCCGUCAAUCUUCUAGUGUGCAUUGUGAUAUACAAAAACGAGGAACUCCAAAAUGGGCUAGACCUUCUUAUAGCCAAUCUGUGUUUUGCGGACUUAUCGGUGUGUUUCAUCGCUCAGCCGAUGUAUGUAGCCUAUCUGAAUGGAAAACUUAGUGCAGAAACUGAGAACGCUUUUUCUUAUAUCAGCUUGAUCGCCUUACAUGCCGUGGCUCUAAAUCUCCUAGCGAUUGCAGUGAAUCGGAUGAUCGCCAUAGCUCACCCAUUUACAAACACGUUCAUGUUCUCCAAGUUCAAAGUCCUGAUGGUGAUAUGUGCAAUUUGGGUUUCAGCAAUUGUUGCUGCUGUAUUUUUGUUUACAAAACCGGGAAAACUGUUCUCUCCUUAUUCUCAUAUCAUGAUUAUCCUAACGUUCCUAUGCUGUUAUGCGAGGAUUUUUUUUAUCGCAAGGAAACAACGUAGGCAAAUUAAUAUACAGAUGCAAUCAGUCAGUCACAACCAUCAAACCGUACGACUUCAAAAAGCAAACAGAGCGAACAUAACAUCGGCUCUUAUUGUCCUAUCUCUAAUGGCCUGCUUUUUUCCUGAUACAGUCUAUGACUUUCUACCGAUAGAAAUCAUGGAAGUCAGAAAAAAAUGGCUUUUUACUCUGCUUUUUCUAAGUUGUUCAGUCAAUCCUUGUAUUUACAUGUGGAGAACCGAGGUUUUCAAAGUUGCUAUGAAAAGAACUCUACGAAUCUCGCAAUAAAACUCAAAUUAAGCAUAAACAUUCAUUCCUAAAUGGUGGUAAUAUUUCGGUAUAAAAAAGGCUCCGGACAUAAAGUGUCAUUCUUUGUUGAUAUUUUAAAUGGAGUUAGAAUCAAGGAAACUUGCAUGGACAUUCGUCUCUUAAAUUCGUAGGAUAAACGUUCAAGUGACAAUGCUCUAGCUCUGGAUUAAGAGAGAAAUAAUUAGAAGAAGAAAAAGAAUACUGAUGUAUGAAAAGAAAAGUCAACAAGAGAAAUAAGAACCGAUGCAACAUGUAGCAGGUUCAAUUUAAUUUUUCACUGUGAAAAUAA